AUGACUUGUUGUUCUCAUCUUUUCAGACAAAUAAGGUCUUCCUCAGCCACGCGAUUCACGCGAACCGAUAUAGAUAUUUCAGAACUUCACAAUGUCAAAAUUUACACUUACAAGGAACUGAGAAUCGCCACUACAGGGUUUAGUCUUGCAAACAAGAUAGGGCAGGGAGGUUUUGGAUCUGUCUAUAAGGGAAAGUUGAGGGAUGGUUGUCUAGUAGCUAUAAAGGUUUUAUCAGCUGAAUCAAAACAAGGGGUUCAAGAGUUCUUGACAGAAAUCAAGGUGAUUUCUAGUAUAGAACAUGAAAAUCUAGUGAAGUUGUAUGGAUGCUGUGUGGAAGAUAAUCAUAGGAUUUUGGUAUAUGGCUAUCUUCAGAACAACAGCCUAGCACAAACACUUCUUGGUCAUAGUAACAUCAAAUUCAGUUGGGAUGUAAGGCGCAACAUUUGCGUAGGUGUUGCUCGAGGGCUUGCAUUCCUUCAUGGAGAGGUUCGGCCACAUAUCAUUCAUAGAGAUAUAAAAGCCAGCAAUGUAUUACUUGACACAGAUCUCCGACCCAAAAUUUCUGAUUUUGGCCUUGCAAAGCUUAUUUCUCCAAACCUGACCCAUAUUAGUACAAGGGUUGCUGGAACCGCUGGUUAUGUGGCUCCUGAGUAUGCAAUACGAAAUCAAGUGACAAGAAAAUCGGACAUCUAUAGUUUUGGAGUGUUACUGUUAGAAAUUGUUAGUGGGAGGCCCAACACAAACAGACGUUUACCUGUUAAAGAACAAUAUCUUCUUACAAGGGCAUGGGAUUUGUAUGAGAAAGGGGAGCUAAAAACUUUGGUUGAUGCUUUUCUAGAAGGGGACUUCAGUGUUGAGGAGGCAGUCAAAUUUUGCAAGAUUGGUCUUCUUUGCACACAGGAUUCUCCUCAGCUCCGGCCUUCUAUGUCCACUGUCCUUAAAAUGCUUAUUGGUGAAAGAGAUGUGAAUGAUGAUAAUAUAAUAAAACCAGGCAUAAUAUUUGAAUUUGUAGAUGCCAAUGACCAAGUGGAUAGAAGAUGCAAGGCUGGAGUGAAAAGUGCAUAUACUUCUUUGUUGGCUAGUUCAGGAAUGCAAGAUGAUUCAUCUUCAUCAGGAACCUCUUUUGCUGCCAUGUCUUUCACUGCUAUUUGUGAUCGAACCAAUUAA